AUGGCAGCUAAAUCAGCAAAACAAGGCAAAAAGGAACAGAAAGCUGAAGCGUGCGGAGAUGACGGCAAAGAUGUUAGCAUGGCAGCUAUCGCUAACAUUUUGGAGGAUCACCAGGCUGCACUCUCUGCAGAUUUUAAAGCCACUGUCUCGACACUUGAGGUACAGCUGGAUCAAAUUCAAGCCACCGUGACAGAACAUGGCUCGAAGAUUGCUUCGCUCAAGACCCACGCAAAUUCGCAGGAUGAGCGCACGCACGCCUUAGAAACUACGUGUGCUAUGUUAAAAGAGAGCAACUCUAAACUGCUUGCUAAACUCGUGAACCUCGAGUUUCGUAGCCGGCGUAAUAAUAUAAGAAUUAUUGGGCUACCUGAAUCCAUAGAAGGACCUCGGCCGUCUGUUGUCUUCUCUGAGCUACUCGCAGAAGUGUUUGGGGAUGGAGUCCUGGAAUCUCCGCCGGAGUGCGACAGAGCGCACCGGUCACUGGCUGACAAACCGAGGCCGGGGGAAAGAGGCCUAGGCCUGUUAUUGGUGAAGCGACUAGGCUACUUUGAUCAUACUCAAAGGCAGCUUGGAGAGAGAGCCUUGUAUGUGUUUCCUGCCAAGAGUGAAACUAUACGGAUCACCUGUGAUGGUCUAGAGGGGGCACCUGCUCACCCUGAGGACCCUGUUGUUCGAAAGUUAAAAAGAAUGUAUAAAAAGGAAGUGGGAAAGAAAAUUACAGAAAAUGCAGACACACAGAGUAACGAUUCAGAAUCAACAGAGAAAAUGGAGGGCACGGAAGGUGAAAAGAGAUCAGUGCAGGAACAGGACUGUCCUGAUGAUAAUUCUGUUCCAUGCUACCCCAACAAUGGUCCUUUUCCAUGCCAGGAUGCUCUGGAGGAGGGAAAAGAGCCACCACUGGAUGUUCUUCAGGGACAAUGGGCCCAUUUGGGGGAACAAGAGUCAAAUGAGGAGCCAGGGGAUGAUACAGAUGAUACCAGUUCUGUCACUUCCUCUGCCAGCUCAACAGCCUCACUGCAGAGUGGCCCGAUUCGAAAAAAGAGCAUCCCCCUCUCUAUACGCAACCUAAAGAGAAAGCACAAGAAAAAGAGAACUACGUUUUCACGCGAAUUUAAACCAGGAGACAGGUGAAAGAAUCCACAAACGUUUUAUUGAUUUCUGAGUUCAAAAUUUAAAUCUAGACCAGCUGUUUUGUGUUGUGUAUCAUAGUGCAAUACCUGCAGAAUUACUCAUAUCAUGUAAACAUUUGUCAGAACUGAUUAAUAGGGUUGCACAUUGACAAACAAUUCUAAAUAAUAGAUUUUAUUGACCUUUCGAUUCUGGUUAGGGUUAUAUGGCCUGUCUUUGCACAUACUGCAUGAGUGAGGCAUGAGUAGUGUGUUUUUCAGAGCCCAUAUUAACAAAUUAAUCUAAG